AAUAAUCCUUCCUUCGCUUUGUAAUUUCAUUUCACUCUUUCUCUCUCUUCUCUCUCUUCUCUCUCUCUCUCUAGAACUAGAAUCUUCUUCAAUCGAGACACCAACAAAAAUCGAUCUGGUCAACCAUGCAAGAAGUUCAAGAACCUCAACCCCAAUCAACACUCGGUCAAGAAAAUGUAGAUGAAGUGGUUGAUGAAAGUUCUGCAAAUGGUAAAGGGGAAACACCAGAGGAAUUAGUGAGUAGACCUCCAAAAGUUGAUUCUGAAGUUGAGGUUCUUCAUGAGAAGGUCACUAAGCAAAUAGUUAAGGAAGGUCAUGGCAAAAAACCUUCCAAGUAUUCAACAUGCUUCAUCCAUUAUAGGGCAUGGGCUGAGGGCACGGAGCACAAAUUUGAAGAUACAUGGCAGGAGCAACGACCAAGUGAGAUGAUAUUAGGAAAAGAGAAGAAAGAAAUGACUGGCUUGGGCAUUGGGGUUACAAGCAUGAAAGCUGGGGAGCGAGCCUUGCUGCGUGUGAGCUGGGAACUAGGAUAUGGAAAAGAAGGAAGCUUUUCUUUUCCAAAUGUUCCACCCAUGGCAGAUUUAGUUUAUGAAGUUGAGCUCAUUGGUUUUGAUGAAACAAAAGAUGGAAAAGCUCGCAGUGAUAUGACCGUGGAGGAAAGGAUUGGUACAGCCGAUCGGAGAAAGAUGGAUGGAAAUGCUCUGUUUCAAGAAAAUAAACUAGAGGAGGCCAUGCAACAGUAUGAAAUGGCCAUAGCUUAUAUGGGAGAUGACUUCAUGUUCCAGUUGUUUGGGAAAUAUAGGGAUAUGGCUCUGGCCGUAAAGAAUCCAUGCCAUCUUAACACGGCAGCCUGUCUGAUUAAGCUGAACCGUUAUGAAGAAGCUAUAGGACAAUGCACCAUUGUAUUAGGUGAAGAUGAGAACAAUGUCAAGGCAUUAUUUAGGAGAGGUAAGGCUAGAGCAGCACUUGGGCAGACAGAUGCUGCCCGGGAAGAUUUUCUAAAAGCAAGGAAAUAUGCACCCGAUGAUAAAGCAAUUGCAAGAGAAUUGAAGCUACUUGCUGAACAUGAUAAAGCAAUUUAUCAAAAGCAGAAAGAGAUCUAUAAAGGAAUAUUUGGACCAAGGCCUCAACCAGUACCUAAGAGAAGAAAUUGGCCCGUACUUAUUUGGCAGUGGUUUCUUUCAGUGUUUUAUAGCUUUAUCACACUCUUCAAGAGUGAAAAGCCCAAAUCUGAUUAAUUCAACUCUUGAACAACAAUUCAAGAGCAUUGUUGAAUCGACAAUUGUUUACGUACAUCCUAUGAAAGGCCACCAUGUUUUGUACUCCUGAGGUAACUAUUGUACUAUUGUAGUUUUACUACUUAUCUUUGCUAGUGAAAACAAAAACAAUCAGAUGUUGGAAAAAGUUGUGAUUUCACUCUUCUAUAGAGGAAUUGUGUUUGACAAUACUACUAAACUGUUUAAUAUAGAGUCUGUUAACGUAUAACCAACUUGUUUAGAUUUA